UUCGAUAGUAUCUACAUUCUCGGUGGGUUGGACGGUCGUUUCGACCACACCUAUGCGGCUAUUGGUGCGCUAUACAAAUGGUGUGACAACGCAAAGGACACCAAACUGCAUAUUAUCACAGAGCAUUGUGAGGUUAUGUUGCUUGGUGCAGGCAAGCACAAGGUAAUGGCCAAUACACUUUUCCAAG